AUGGUCACCCGCCACCCACUUAUCGACAUCCAGGCAUCCGUCGACGAGGCUUUCCUCGACAAAUAUGGCCUUGAGCCGGACAACACCAUCCUUGCUGACAAACGACACCUUCGUCUCUAUGAAGAACUCGUUGAAAAGAUGGCCGUCAAGUUCAUCCCCGGCGGUUGUACGCUGAAUACCCUCCGUGUUUGCCAAUGGAUGAUGGGCGAGAACGGAUCGACCUUCUUCUCCGGCGCCGUUGGAAACGAUGCUCUUGCCGACAUCCUGAUCCAAAAAGUGCGCGACUCUGGCAUCGACGCUAUCUGGCAGACCUCUGACGAGCAUCAGACUGGUACUUGUGCCAGUCUCAUUAACGGAAGUCAGGGUUACAGAUCGUUGGUGACACGACUUGGUGCCGCCAAACACUACGAACGAAAGCAUCUUGAUAGAGAGGAUAUGUGGGAGCAAGUCAAGCAGUCAAUGAUCUUUUACUUCUCCGGCUACUUCCUUACGACUCAAGAAGGAGUUGACUCAAUGCUUGCCGUCGCCAAGUACUCCGCUCAGUCCGACAAGCAGGUCUUCGCGUUCAACUUGUCCGCAAACUACAUCUGCGAGUGUUUUACAGCGGAGGUCGAUCAGAUUCUGCCAUACACCGAUUUCAUCUUCGGCAACGAGCAAGAAGCGGAGGCAUAUGCCAAAUGCGCCGGCUUCAAGCACAAGUCGCUUGAGGAAAUUGCGAUUUAUUUAGCGCAAUUACCCAAAGUGAACACGAAGAAAAGGCGUCACGUGAUCAUCACCCAGGGUGCGAAACCAACCAUCGUUGCGGACGACAUGGGCAACAUUGCCCUCUUUGAAGUUGAACGAGUCAAGAAGCUCGUUGAUACGAAUGGCGCCGGUGAUGCUUUCGUCGGCGGCUUCUUCGCCGGAUAUCUUCAAGGAGCUGGCAUCGCCGAUUCUGUCGCCGCUGGACAGUGGGCCGCAAGGAUAGUCAUCCAAAAUGAAGGAUGCACGUUUCCCAAGAUCUGCGAAUACGACUACGACAGCAGUUAA